GCUGGGGCUGCUGCUAUCGUUCGUUGCGAAUACAGUGUCAUUAAUAUAUAUUGUCUAUUUAUAACAGUUUAGUUUAGAUCUUUCUAUUGAGGUCUAUAUUGUAUUGAACAAUAAAAGUGCUAAUGAGUUGGUAAACUUGUGAGGUCUCCGUUAGUGACUGACCGAUUAGCCACGAGCCAUUUUUUUUAUCUAGUUGCCAAAAAGAACGGUACCUAGAAAAAAUCGUGUGAAAAUAAUAGUACGUCAAAAUGGAUGUUCGUAUGAUCGAAGAAGCAGUUCUUACGUUCUAUCAGAGCGGUUCCCACAAGCAAGAAGACACCCAUCAAUGGUUGCAGCAAAUUCAAGAAAGUCCGCAUGCAUGGUCUUUUUGUUGGGAACUGAUGCAGCUUAACAAACCCUCAGAAAUACAAUUUUUCGGAGCCAUUACCUUGCACUCAAAACUCACCAAAUUCUGGGGCGAAGUACCGAGAGAAGCACACAAUGAGUUCAAACAAAAGUUGCUUGAAAGUAUAGUUAUGUUUGGUAAUGGGCCGAAGAUUGUGCUGAGCCAAUUAUGCAUUUCGCUAAGCGUCUUCAUUGUGCAUAUGCUUGAACAUCCAACAGUAAUCGAGGAAGUAACCGGAAUGUUUCUCAAUGAGCAACUCGGUACUCUGUCGAAAACUACGCAACUCGAAAUUUUGAUGUCGGUGUUGGAAGGAAUUCCAGAUGAGGCCGAAUCGGUACACACCCAAAUCCCAAGAUCGACGGUUCGGGAAGAGUUGAACAAGAAAGCCGAGUUCGCAACCGGUACGGUAAUCAACUAUCUGAACGGGAAGUUGAACGAUGGCCGGUUCGACGAGAGCGAGAUGAACGUCCUCAUUAAUGCCACCAAGUGUUUGGCAACCUGGCUAAAAUACGGUAAUGUGCGGCUCGAUGAAUGCGAUACGAUGGUGCAGGUGCUGCUGAAAAUCAUUCACUACUGCUACUGGAAGGAGCCAAAGGAUGACGGCUGCCUAUCCCAAGAGGACAGUGAUCUGGCGGAGACCGCCGUGAAAGUGCUGGUGAAAAUAAUAAGCUCUCAAAAUUGUAACGGACACAAGUAUUCGGCAACGGUCGUUCACUAUAUGCAUUUAUUCCUGGAUGUUCUGGGACCGAUUCUAGACGUAGAGUGGAAGGAAAACAACGACAAUGAGAAUUUAGCCUUUGUUAUCUACACUCUAUUUCUGUCAACACUGGAGUGCUACUCUUCGGCAAUUUUUGCCGGAAUCCUUUCCGACAAUGAGCAACUCGCGAAGGUCUACGGCAGAACGGUAGAUCUGUUAGUCAAAUGCACCGAUAAACCCGGAACCUACCCCGUGGAUGAGUCUUGCAGUACACUAGCUAUGGAAUUCUGGUACAUGCUACAGGACGAAAUCUUUUCGAUGCCAAAUGACCCACGCAAAACGAAAUGUUGGGAUGCUAUCAAGCCGGUCUAUGCUCAUAUCGUUAAGGUUUUGAUACGAAAAAGCCAGCUGCCGAACGAUAGUGCGCUGCACAAAUGGAACUCCGAUGAUUUGGAAACAUUUCGAUGUUAUCGACAGGAUAUUGGUGACACAUUGUUGUCGUGUCACGAUGUUUUGAACGAUAUAAUGCUGGACGUACUUUCGGAGGCCCUGGAUGAGUCGAUAUUAUACCUAAAUUAUGAUCCCCAAAACAUAGACAACUGGCCACUUCUGGAAGCAACCAUACAUGCGUACUGUUCCAUAGCACAGAAAAUAGAAUACGCCGAAUAUCCACAAGUUGUCAAGCUACUGAAAGUAUUAAACGAGAUUCCGUACGAAAAAUACAGCGAUAAAUUGCUGGGUAUGGCACUGGAAACCGCUGGAGCGUACAGCGAUUGGAUCAGUGAUAAUCCAAAAUAUCUGCCGUCUGCAAUUGAGUUGCUCGUAAAAGGUCUCAGUUCAACGCAAGCAUCGCAAGCAACGCUUGGGCUGAAAGAUCUUACCUCCGAGUGCCAAAAAGAAAUGACUCCGUUUGCAUUACCGCUGCUCGAUGCCUGCCGAUCGGCUCUUCAGGGUGGUCACCUGAAAACUUCGGAAAUGAUUCGGCUGAUGUACACGGUCGGGAACAUCAUGAGCGUAAUUUCCUACGAUCAGAUAAUUCAUUACCUAGACAUUAUGGUUUCGCCCUGCUUCGAAGAGCUUCAGGCGAACGUGCAAAAUCAGGACAAAACCGAUGCGGCUAAGGCACGGGUAAUCUUACGGCUAGAAAUGAUCUCCAAGCUGUUCUCUUCACUCAACACACGCAAGCUUAACGUCACGCAGCGCACGGAAAAAGACGACGAACUGCAGCUCGUUCCCACGCAGACCACCCAACAACCUCAACCCGUCCAGCCGAUAUUGCUGAUACUGGAAAAGACCAUGGGUCUGCUGAAAAGUCUUUGCAGUCUGUGGAUCCACGACGAAAGUGUAAUCGAAACAUUGUGCAAAGCACUCCAACAAGCUUUGACCAAUUUGAUGGACGACAUCAAACCGCUGCUGAACGACAUGUGCGGUCUCAUACUGAUGAUCUUCGCCAAUAAGUGUGCACCGUCCGCAGUGGAGAUGGCCGGAAACUUCAUACUGAUCUUUUACAAUGAUCCGGAGAGUCGCGAGAGUAUGAAACAAUUAUUUUCUGCCAUCUUGGAGUAUAAUUUUGGACAAAUGCAGCAAUAUGACGAACACCAAAAACUGUCGGAUGUAGCCGAUCUUAUCGAAACAUUCUACAGUUUCAACACUCGAAUAGUGAAAAAGAUGGCCAUUUGCUACACUGCUGUGCAGGCCGAUUGUAUAAAAUUAAUUGAAUACGCCAUGAAAAGUAUGAUGCUUCCGGAGACAGGUCCAAUUAAGAAAAGUGUCGGCUUUCUGUCGGUGUUUAUCAAGGAAUCACGAAACUAUCCGGUGAUGAUGAACGCCGUAGCGGCUCAGGGCGAGAACUUGCUACGUACUACUUUCUUAUGCAUUGGUGGAUACACACCCCGAGCUCAAGUAGAUGUGUUUGCCGACAUCUUUCUAGCGUUGAACUACAAAUAUCCCAGUGAUUUUGCCCGUUGGAUUAAGGUUCUCGAGAAGCCAAACUUUCCCACCUUCUUCGUCGGUGCACCCGACAAGGAACAAUUUAUGAAAAAAGUCAUCAAGGAAAAGGUAAACCGAAGGUUAGUGCAGGAGCAUGUGCGGAAGUUUGCAGCGAUGUGUCGGAAUGCCGUCGAAUGGGAAAUAGAUUUUAGGACCAGCUAAAAUAUGUGAUUAUGUCUGUUAAAUCCACUCUGCUGGGUUGCACUCGAUUGUGAUUUUAGAUUUUAGGUUCGGGAUUACGAAGAAAAAGUUUAAGCAAUGUUUUGAAUGUAGUCUAGUGCAAAUGAACUCGGUUCGUUCGCAACACUCCUCCCUCUCCUUAUCGUCAGUGAUGCGUAUUUAGACAAAAAAAAUACUGAUCUUAGACGUGCAUGUGUGCAUCAGCGAAUAAAUGUGAGAAAAUUUUAAAUUAAAUUUGAAUGUUUUGCAUUAUUAAAAAAGAAAAUGCAUUCAGUUUGGC